AUGAUGACCUAUAAUUUUUUCCGUGUAGCAUUUGUUUUGCCGUAUUUUUGUUUAUCAGUUCAGGGUUCUCAUUAUAAAGUUGGUGAUCUUAAAAUUAGUUGCCCUAAUGGUAAGUUUUAUUCUUAAAACUAAAAAAUUUAAAUAGUAAUCUUUUUAUUUUUAUUUUAUAAAAUUUCAGCAGAUUAAAAUUACCUGUAUUCAGGAUCGGGCGCCAAGGGGGUGGGGUGGGGUAUACGAGAGAUCCCCGACUUAGAAACUUAGAAUUUUUUAAAAGUUGUUUGAUAUGGCCUCUCAGUUGAAGUUGUCAACAGGCCAAAUUCACCCGUCCUGUUCUGACUGUACCUUAUAUUAUUGCAUUAUUAUAAUUAAAUGUUACAGAUGAUUGGGUAAGUGUGGGUACCAACUGCUUUUACCAUUCUUCUAAAGCAUAUGAUGCGCAUAGUGGUCAAGUGUUUUGUCAAAAAUUGUUUGGUCAAAGGUAUGUUACUACGACGCUUUAGAAAAUAACGUGUUGGUUUUAUUUUAUCUGAAUAGCUUUAUAAUAUCUUAAAUAUAAACUUGAUUACAUUAUAUUAGAGAAUUAGGACAUAAUCUAUCACUUAAUAAAUUCUGAACUUUCAAAAACGUUUCCAGCCUUGCAACACAGUCACUUUUACAUACAGCAAAUUUUUAUCAAUUGUCAGAACUAGCACAACAUAUACCAGAUGCCACUUUUUGGACUUCGUUUUACAUUAAUGUAGCGGUAAACGACAAAAUUGACUCGCAUGAUGCUUUUGAAAAAAUUAGAGUGCAUUCUCGUUCAUUAAUCAACAUUUCAACUCCAUUAAUUAAUCCAAAUUGGGCCAAGUUACAACCAAAUCUCCUAAAAGGUAAAACUUGGCAUAACGGCACGUUAUGCGUGGCAUUUAAUGCAAACAAAACAGAUAUUCAAAAUUAUGGAUGGAGUUUAAAACAAUGCAAUGAGUUGUUUGGUGUAAUUUGUCAAACUUUUGGAUGUUUAAAUUGUAAGUUUAAGAAAAUUUAACAUCAUUAUUUAUUCUUGUAUAUAAGCUUACAUAAACUUAGACAAAGACAAGAAAUUGAAAACAUAAAUUUUAUCCAUACUCAAUUUUGCAGCUUAGUUUUAAGUUUUAACAAAAAAGAUGAACUUUUUAUAGAUACAAAUGGUCCAAGCGAAUUUAGAUGUACUGAUAACAGUGCUUGUAUACCAAAGGCACAUAUGUGUGAUCAUGUGCAAGAUUGUUUAGAUAAUAGCGAUGAGAAUUGUGCACCAGAAACUGAAAAUUGCAACAACUUUCAAUACCAAGCUAUCAAAAACGGCAGAAUAAAGAUAGACAAAGUCGUAAAUCGAGAUAUAAGUCAUUGCAAUUGGCAUAUCGAGUUCGCUGACGCUGACAAUGUUGUUAUAAAUGUGAGUUUCAUUAUUUCAUCAAAAUUUUUAUAAAUUAGUUAAUGCAGUCGUCAUGAAUUUUUUUGAAACUUUAGCUAUUAACAUUGGGUAUGUCAUCAUCAUACAUAAUAAUUACUGAAGUGGAAAGCGGAAUUGUACAUCAGCUUGACAAUAAUAAAACACAAAUAACAGUACCAGCAAACGUUUUCAUUGCUUAUAACGGCGAAGCCACUCAUAAUGGCAUUGAAAUUCGUUACCACGCUGAAGGUUAGUUUUGAAAACCUUAAGUUACGUUGUCCUUACUUUUUAAAUUUACUUUUAAAACGUUAAUUUUAUUAUAACUUAGGAAACUCUAUAUGUAAUAAAACCUUCGUUUCCUGGGAUGGUUCAUUUUCUCCACCUAUGCAAACGGCCCAUCCCAAUUUGUAUCGUACGUCAACGAAUUGUGAAUGGACUAUUGCUAACACGGAACAAAAGCCGUUGGCAAUUAAAAUCCCGCGGUUUUGGCUAGCAAAGACUGAUUAUUUGUUAAUAUACGAAUUCACCAACAAUAUAGCUAGUCUUCUUGGAAAUUUUACAAAAUAUCAACCUCCGCCAGUAGCAUUUGUUACAAUGCAACAGAACCUUUUGUUUCGAUUUAGAACCGUCAAAAACACCGUUGGAGCUGACGGGUUUACUGUGUUUUUUGAGCGAAGUGAGUCAUAAACGGUAUUUUUUUUUAAUUUUAAAAACCUUAUUUUAUAGUUUAUUUUUUUUAACUUAUUGUUUUUUUAUUUGUAAUUUCAAAAAUUUAGAAUGUUUGGAAGUGACUGUAGAAACAACGCAUGGUUAUAUUCAGUCGACUAAUUUUAACAAAGUAUUUCCAUUUGUUGCAUUUGAACAAACUUAUCGUAUUGUAGUACCGUGCAAACCUUAUACAAAAUGUUCAACGCAGUUGUUUUUUGAUCAUUUAAACAUUACAAAUUUUGAUGAUAUUACAGUAAGUAAUUACUGUCAAACUAGUAUAUUGUAAAAAUUUAGGUAAAAUCAGGAAAUAAAACGCAAAUUUUAUCGGGAAGCACGAUACCUAUGCCUUUUCGUGCCGAGGCCCCAAUUAUUGAGAUUGGGAUGAUUGCAAUGACUGAUAAAUUUUCAGCCAAAAUCACCUUUUCCGUUGGUGAGUAGUUUGUAAUAAUAUUGUAUUAUAUUAGGUUGGCCAAUUAUAAAUUUUGGUUCCGUAGUUUUCUGAAGUUUAUUAUAAAAAAGUUAACAAAAAUAAUUAGGACAAAAUAUAUUAUAAUAAACUUCAGAAAAUUUGGAACCGAAAUCCAUAACUGGCCAACCUAAUAGUUGCUAUAAACUUUUUAAAAAUUAAUUUUUCAAAAGUUGUUUAGAAAGGAAUAUUUUUAGAUUGUGAACUUCCGACAUCUAAUAGAAUACGAUUAAUAAAUCCUAGUACAACCUCGUAUCGUAGUAUUGUAUCAUUUGGUUGUACGUACGAUAAAAAUUGGCAUUUGUUUAAUGCAACAUGUGGUGCUGGUGGAAUAUGGUCGGAUAUUCCAAAUAUUUGUACACAACAGCCAAAAGGUAAGAAUAUUAAGUUGUGA